AUGCUCUCAGUGUUCUCCAUUCAGUGUGGAAUUGCUCUUGGGUUUGCCAUAGAUAGCCUUCACAAUGCUGAAGCAAGUGCCUUGUAUCCCUACGUUCUCCAGGGUUUUAAACAUGAAUGGCUGUUGGACGUUGUCAUAGGCUUUCUCUGCAGCUAUUGGCUGAAUUGCAGUGAUUUCCAGAAAGGAGAAAAAGAUGGGGAUUUUAUCUGUACUGCUGAUGAUGCUGCAGUUUGUGGCACAGAUGGGAAAACAUACCGCAACAGAUGUGAACUGUGUGCUGAGAAUCAGAAGACCAGCUCCCAAGUUGGCAUAAAAAGCGAGGGAAAAUGUGAAAGCAGUAAUCCAGAACAGGAUGUAUGCAGUGCUUUUCGGGCCUAUGUGAAAGAUGGAAGACUUGGAUGCACAAGAGAAAACGAUCCAGUUCUUGGUCCUGAUGGGCGAACACAUGGCAAUAAGUGUGCGAUGUGUGCCGAGCUCUUUUUGAAAGAAGCUGCAGAAAAUGACAAGCGAGAAGGUGAAAAUAGAAUUCGAAGAAAUGCUGAAAAGGACCUCUGCAAGGAAUUUGAGAACCAAGUGAGGAAUGGGAGACUCUUUUGUACACGAGAGAGUGACCCCAUCCGUGGCCCUGACGGCAGGAUGCACGGCAACAAAUGUGCGCUGUGUGCUGAAGUUUUCUUGAGGAACUUUUCUGAAGAAAAAAAUAAAUCAGAUCAAAAUCUGAUGGAGAAUGAAGAAAAUGUUAAAGUUAAAAGAGAAAUUGAGAAACAAUGCAGUGAAUAUCGAGAUCAUGCAAAGAAGGGGAUACUUUUCUGUACCAGAGAAAAUGACCCUGUCCGUGGUCUAGAUGGAAAAAUGCACGGCAACCUGUGCUCCAUGUGCCAAGCCUUCUUCCAACAAGAAGCUGAAGAAAAGAAAAAGGCUGAAGCCCAAGCAAGAAACAAAAGAGGAUCUGAAAAAGCACCUUCAUAUGAAGAUCUUUGCAGUGAAUAUCGACAGUUGGUGAGGGAUGGGAGACUCCCCUGCACCAGAGAGAAUGACCCCAUUCAGGGCCCAGAUGGGAAAAUGCAUGGCAACACCUGCUCCAUGUGUCAGGCCUUCUUCCAAGCAGAAGAAGAGGAAAAGAAAAAGAGGGAAAGUACGUCAAGAAAUAAAAGACAAACUGCUUCCUUUGAGAAGUUAUGUAGUGAGUACCGCAAAUCCUGGAAGAAUGGACAACUUAUUUGCACCAGAGAGAAUGACCCCAUUCAGGGCCCAGAUGGGAAAAUGCAUGGCAACACCUGCUCCAUGUGUCAGGCCUUCUUUAAACAAGAAGAAAAAGGAAAAGCAAAAGAUAAAAGGGAAGCUGCAAAGGAAAUCUGCAGCGAAUUCCGGAACUACGUGAGAAAUGGACUGCUCAUAUGCACCAGGGAGCAUAACCCCGUUUUUGGCCCAGAUGGCCAAAUUCAUGGAAACAAGUGUUCCAUGUGUUCUAGUGUGUUCAUGCUUGAAGAAGAGGAGAAGAAAGAUCAUAAUGAAGAAGAAACAGAGAAAGUUGAGGCUGAAAAAGUUAAGAGAGAAGCCGUGGAGAAGCUGUGCAGUGAAUACCGUCAGUAUGUGAAGGAUGGGCGGCUCCCCUGCACCAGAGAGAAUGACCCCAUUGAGGGCCUGGACGGGAAAAUCCACGGCAACACUUGCUCCAUGUGUGAGGCCUUCUUCCUGCAAGAAGCAAAAGAAAAAGAUAAUGAAUCCAGAGAAAAAGUUAAAAGAGAAUCUGAAAAGGAUAACUGUAGUGAAUUUCGGAGCCUUUUGCAAAAUGGAACUCUUUUCUGCACACGAGAAAACGAUCCCGUGCGUGGCCCAGAUGGCAAGACCCAUGGCAAUAAGUGUGCCAUGUGCAAGGCAGUCUUCAAGAAGGAAAGUGAAGAAAGAAAGAAGAAAGAAGAGGAUGAUCAGAGAAAUUCUUCAGGACAAGGUUCUAAUGGUGGAGGAGGGAAAGCUCAGGAUCCAUGUGCUGAGUAUCGGGAUCAUAUGCAAAAUGGAAAACUCAGCUGUACUCGGGAGAGUGAUCCUGUACGUGGUGCCGACGGAAAAUCAUACAACAACAAAUGUGUCAUGUGUAAAGAGCUACUGCAAAAAGAAGUAGAGGAAAAAGAAAAGAAUUCUGGCAUCAGAUCAAAUGAGACUGGAUCAGAGUCAGGAAAGGAUGUAUGUGAUGAGUUUAGAAGCCAACUAAAAAAUGGACAACUCAUCUGCACUCGAGAGAGCGACCCCGUCCGGGGUCCUGAUGGCAAGACACAUGGCAAUAAAUGUGCCAUGUGUAAGGAGAGGCUGGAAAAGGAAGCAGCUGAGAAAAAAAAGAAAGAAGAUGAAGAAAAGAAAAAUACAGGGGAAAAGAACAACAACAAGGAGGAUCUGUGUUAUGAAUUCCGGAGCAAGCAGAAAGAUGGAAAGCUUGUCUGCACCAGAGAAAAUAACCCUGUUCGAGGCCCAGAUGGCAAGAUGCAUGUCAACAAGUGUGCCAUGUGUCUGAGUGUCUUUGAGCGAGAAGCCAGUGAAAGAAAAAAUGAUGAAGAAUCAAGUUCCAAGCCUUCAAACAAGCCUUCAAAUGAUGCAAAGGACCAGUGCAGAGAGGUUCAGAAUGAAGCAGAGGAUGCAAAGUUUAGACAGUCUGGGAGUACCUUGGCCUCGGUUGCCGGGAUCAGAGCAGAUGAGUGCAGUGAGUUUCGGAAACACUUGAGGAAUGGAGAGCUCAUCUGUACCCGAGAGCAUGACCCCGUGCGAGGCGAAGACGGAAAGUUCUACAGAAACAAGUGCCACAAGUGCAGAGCUGUCUUUCAAAAAGAAACUUUUGAAAAGGUAAAACUUCGUAAAAUGUCAUUCCACAUUAGAGCUUCCGAAGAGGAAAAAAGCCCAGGUUCACCCAAUUCUUCUCUGGAUUCCGAGAUGUGCAAACAGUACCGAGUGCUGCCAAGGAUGGGUUUUCUUUGCCCAAAGGAUUUACAGCCUAUCUGUGGUGAUGAUGGACAAACAUAUAACAACCCUUGUAUGCUCUGUCAUGAAAACCUGAUGCGUCAAAUGAAUAUACACAUACGUAGUGAAGGGAAGUGUGGGGAAAGCAGCAUCCCAGAAGCCCCUGUGGAUGCACAGGCAUCUGACAAAUGAUUCAAGGAUUGGUGGAUGCAAUGAGGGAAAAAAUAUGCCCUAAAUUCUGAACCUCCUACCUUCAUCAUCUGUAUAUAUAAAGAAUGCUUCAGAGUUCUUCUUAUUUACUAUAGAAAACAAUGCAGAGUUGUUGGGACUGGACCCACUGAUUUUCAGUCUUUUUCCAUCUCUUUCCUCCUAGACACUGUGGUCUUAGAGCACACAGAAAUCCCCACCUGGUCUGUGCUCUGAAAUGCCCUGAUCACAGUGUUGUCUGUCCAACUGCCUGUUUAAUAAAAGUAGACUCCGCAGAACACCCUUUGGGGGAUUUCUUUGUCACUGCCUAAGAUAAA